AUGGCAGCAGUGGAACGUCUCACAAAACAAAACCAUGAUCUGGAGGAACAGCUACGCCAAAGGGAUGCAGGACACAACGUUCAAGAGAAAAACCAAGAAGGUACCAGUGCCGAACGAAUGGACCAAGAGAGGCCAGAGGGUAGUAAUGCCCCAAGCAGACCAAAACGGCAAAACAUGAGCCUUCCAUCUCUCAUGGAUACGGCCCCCUCACCUAUUGUCGCAGAGAUGCAAGCGAUGAAGGAACAGAUGGAGGUCAUGAUGAAUGCCCUCAAGGGACGAGUGUCCAAUGAUCUCGAUGACCUAGUAAACAGAACCAACUCACCGUUCACUACCUCUGUCAACUUCUUCCCCCUACCACAGAAAUUUCGCAUGCCCCAGAUUGAAAGCUACGACGGGGUCAAGGACCCCCUCGAUCACCUAGAGACUUUCAAGACCCUAAUGCACCUUCAAGGAGUACCAGACGAAAUCAUAUGUAGGGCCUUUCCUACGACAUUGAAGGGUCCUGCAAGAAUUUGGUUCAGUAGACUGACGCCGAAUUCCAUCAACACUUUCAAGGAGUUGAGCGCCCAGUUCACCUCGCACUUUAUUGGUGGACAUAGGUACAAGAGGCCUACUGCGUGCUUGAUGAGCACAAAGCAGCAAGAAGACGAGACGCUGAGAUCCUACAUAACUCGCUUCAACAAGGAGGCCCUUUCAAUAGACGAAGAGGAUGAUAAGAUACUCGUAGCAGCAUUCACUAAUGGGUUACGGAAGGGUAAGUUCUUGUUUUCUUUAUACAAGAACGACCCAAAAACCAUGUCGGAUGUACUCUAUAGAGCCACCAAAUACAUAAACGCGGAAGACGCAUUGUUGGCCCGCGAGGAGAAGCCUAGAAAGAGGGAAAGACAGGAGGACACACGACAGGAUAGGGGGCGAAAGAUGGCUAGAACCGGAGAUCGACGAGAUGAAAGGCGCUCUAGACCCCCCACUGGGAAGUUCACGAGCUUCACCCCAUUAACCGCCCCGAUAGAUCAAGUCUUAAUGCAGAUCAAAGAUGAAGGAGCCCUGAUGUUCCCUGGUAAGCUCAAGGGAGAUCCCAACAAGAGGCCAAGGGACAAGUAUUGCCGCUUCCACCGUGACCACGAGCACGACACAGCCUACUGCUACAAUUUGAAACAGCAGAUUAAGGCUCUUAUCAGACAAGGGAAGCUACAGAGAUUCGUUAACAAGGAAAGAACUGAUCCACCCUAG